GUUAGGGAGAAUGACCAAAGGGUUAUAAGUCAAAGUCCCAUAGCAAAAACUUUCACUUCUUCAACUAGACCAAACCUGGCCUAUUGUUUAACGUGACCUUGACCGCAUACAGAUAAUAGCUGCUAACUGAGGAUGAAGUGGUUUCUGUUUAGCAUCUUAGGUUGGUCCUUUGCUGAUGUUAACUUGGGAUGGACGUAUCACUACUCAACAGAUACAAUGAACUGGACUGAAGCUAGAAAGUGGUGCCAGACACAUUUCACAGACUUAGUGGUGAUCCAGAGUGAUAAAGAGAAUGCAUAUAUUGCUUCCAUACUACCCACAAAAGAUAGCUCUCCAUAUUAUUGGAUUGGUAUCACCAAAAAACAAAUAAAUGAAACCUGGAGUUGGGUUGGGAAUAACAGCACAUGGGUCGGUAACACGUCAUGGGCUGAAAAUGAGCCAAACAACAACUUAAUAGCAGAGUUCUGUGUUGAGAUGUAUGUAAAAAGUGGCAAUAAACAUGGGAAGUGGAAUGAUGAGAAAUGUGCCAACAAAAAAUAUGCAGUUUGCUACAAAGCUCAGUGUAACCAAACAUCAUGUGUAAACGGCAUGUGCUGGGAGACCAUAAACAGCACAACCUGCCUGUGUUAUCCUGGCUAUGAGGGAGACAAGUGUCAAACAGGUGUGGAAUGCCCCCCUCUGUCUGCACCUGAAAAUGGUGACUUUAACUGCUCAGGAGGCAUGGCGCACAAAUUCAACACAACGUGUCACUUUAAAUGCCAUCCGGGAUUCAUCAUAAAUGGCUCAUCUGAUGUGACCUGCGAGACCAACAGGAUCUGGAGUGAUCCUCAACCUGUUUGCUCGGCUGUAAAGUGUCCCCCCCUCUCUCAGCCGGCUAAUGGCAGCCAUAGCUGCUCCACAGAAAGCCAGAUAUUUAACUCAACCUGCCACUUUAAAUGCCAUCUGGGUUUCUUCAUGAUUGGCUCAUCGACUGUGACCUGUGCAGCUAAUGGAGACUGGACCGGACCAAGACCCAUUUGUGAAAGCUAUAAAAAGGCUCUUCUGGCUGUAGCAGGGUGUGGGGCCCUCUCUUCACUCGUUUGCAUCUGUUUCUGCUGCAUGAACUACAGAAGAAGGAAGAAACUUGCUCAAGAAAGAUCAGUGUUGAAGCAGCCUGAAGAUGAACCAGGUCCUUCCGAUGAUGCUAAUGGAGAAACAACCAGCAGAAAUUCACUUACAUCCUAAGAAAAUAUAUUAGUAUGCCACCCAUGUACUUGUGUGUGUUCAGUGUCAAGCGCUCUGUAUGAAUAAAUGUUUCAG